AUGCCGACCUCAACCACCUCCUCGGCCAGCGAAGGCCUGCUGCGGUUCACCAACUGUCUCGCGCUGCGACCGGACGGCUCGCUUCCAUCCGACCCCACCACCUACUCGCUCCACGUCGACCCAGCCGCAGGCAAGAUCGUCGAUGGUCAAUCCGCCUUCUUCUCCUCCUCCCUCGCUUUCACCUCCACCAUCGACCUCGGUGGGGACUAUCUCGUUCCCGGCUUCAUCGAUGUUCAGAUCAACGGCGGUUACGGCGUCGAUUUCUCGGAAUACGACGGCGAUGCGAAAACCUACCUCGAUGCGUUGGAUCUGUUUGCGCAGAGAAUCCUCGAGACGGGCGUAACGUCCUUUGUACCGACGAUCAUCACGCAGAAUGCAGAACGGUAUCGGGAGAUCCUGCCGUUGUUGGCGCCAAGAAGCCGGGCAGGGCAGGCGAGCAGUUUAGGGUGGCAUUGCGAAGGACCCUUUUUGUCGCCGCAUAAGAAGGGCGCACAUUGCUCGAGUCUCAUUCGGGACGCACCGGAGGGCGUGCGGACGCUGGAGGAGGUGUACGGCGCGGGAGUGGAUGGACUGGAUAUGCCAAACCCGGCAGUGAAGUUGCUCACCCUGGCCCCCGAGGUCGAGGGGAUCCUGCCAGCCAUUCCCGAGCUGGUCAAGCGCGGGGUGACGGUCUCCAUCGGUCACACGGCAUCCGGGAUCGACACGGCUCAAGCGGCCAACCAGGCAGGAGCACGAUUCAUCACCCACCUCUUCAACGCCAUGGGGUCAUUCAACCAUCGCGAUCCAGGUGUGAUCGGUCUGCUCGGCGAUAGCGAUCUCGAUCAACCCCUUCCCGUCGCCAAGUCUACCGCUCCCACUCACACCGACGAGAGCCGAAAGGGAAGACCGUACUACGGUCUCAUCGCAGACGGGUUCCAUUCGCACCCGUGUUCCGUUCGAAUGGCGUACAGCGCCCACCCAAACGGCUGUGUGCUGGUCAGCGACGCAAUGCCUUGGAUGGACCCCACCAAACCCGACGGCGUCUACCCCUGGCGUGAGGGUCAGAACGUUACAAAGCUCGGUAACAAGGUUACGCUUGAAGGGACAGACACGCUCGCAGGGAGCGUGGUUCCCAUCAGCGACUGCGUCACGAAUCUGGCCCGGUACGCGAGCGUGCCGUUGCACACCGCGGCACUGUGCGCGAGCGGGAACGCGGCAAAGAUGCUCGGGCUGGAGCGGACGAAGGGGUUCUUGAGGGCGGGGGGCGAUGCCGAUCUCGUCGUGCUGGAUCGGGUCACCGGGGAGGUCAAGCAGACCUGGGUGGCCGGGCGGAAGGUCUGGGAGAGGAAGUAG